AUGAGCGACGUCGAAAGCGUUGAAAACAACGUAGUCGUGGAGGAGAAAACCGUUUUCGAUCACACCACGGCCAUACAGAAGGUUUUGAAGAACGCCCUGGUGCACGAUGGGCUGAAAAUAGGAAUCAGGGAAGUCAUUAAGUCCAUUGAAUCGAAGGAGGCCAAGGCAUGCUUCCUAUCAGACGUAUGUUCAGAGCCAGCAUACAAAAAAUUAAUCACAGCUUUGUGUACAGAGAAGAACAUCCCCCUUUUUAUGGUCGAAAAUGAUAGCAAGGAUUUAGGUCAGUGGGUUGGAUUAUUCAAAUUAGACAAGGAAGGAAAUGCCAGGAAGAUUAUUGGAGCGAGUUCCGUUUCGAUUAUUGACUUUGGAGAAGAAUCACCUGAGCGAGAUUAUUUAAUGCAACAGAACCAACCUGCUGCAACUGCUUAA